AUGUCCGAGCUGGACACCGUAAUAAAGAAUGCAGAGGAAAUAGCAAUUCAGGAGGAUGAGGAAAUUAUAGAAGAAGUAAUUGAAGAAGAGCAAGUGCCAUGGCUGGGCCCCACAGACGUUAUGGAGGGUCAAGGCGAAUACUACCAAUCCGAAGAGCUUCUCGAGCACGAAAUGGUCGAAUACGAGGACGCCGAGCCAUAUCAAUCAUUUCUGCCGAUUCGCGACGGUGCUCCGUACUUUUCACUGAAUCUGCCCGAUCUUUUGAGCAAAGCUCAUCAAAUUACGCAGGAUACUGGCGUUAUUGUGCGACUUACAUCCUGUUUCAACAAGAAAUGUCAGCGACAGGUGGCUUGUGGCGGUUGCUUGUACACGAUUAAGGAUUAUGUUUCCGACAUUCAAUGGAACAAUUGGACAUGCAUCAACCCCCAGUGCUUCGGUGAAAUCCGUACAACUCCAGAUUUUCGUGAUAUUCGUGAAGUACACGGACACACGGCAAAUUGUCCACCGCCCGACGAAAUUCAAAUCGCCGUUCGCAUCGCCGUCUACGACACCCGUCUUCUCGCCGAAUUCACCGAUACUCCGUUGGAAAAUCUGUAUUUCGGUGCAGUUGAGAGGCUUAAAAUCGAUUGCGCCGAUGGUUUUGUGCUAUUCCCACCGUUUGAGGUCGUGAAAUCCACGUUGGAAGAUCAUCGGCACAAUAAGAUUUAUCGAAAGCGAUUUGAGAUGCAAAAUUUACGCGAUAAACAGCGGAAAAUGAAUAUGACACCGGAUGAGGUGGUUUUUGCUGAGAAUACGUCUGGAAUGAUUCGGUUUCGAAGGACUAAACCGUUUCCGAUGUCAAUCUGCAACGUUUGUGGAGAGGAAAUUUCGAGCACAAAUCUUCCGUCACAAGAUCAACUGAUUUCUCAUUAUAUGUAUACACAUGGACGAAGAAUGACUAUUGAGAGAUAUGAAUUCAAGGAUGUUAACACUUUUGAGCAAUACCUACGAGAGCUCAAUUCAAUGGGAAAAUAUAAAUUCAAACGAAUGGGAUUAGCAGAUGAGAAUAUGUUCUAUUUGUGCUCACACGACGAUCGGCUCAACAAAACCGGAAUCGGUCGAGCCACACGUCUUCAGCAACAGAGUUGUCAUUGUACAGCGUUUAUACGCGUUUUUGAUUGGAGGAUCGUCUCAAAACGUGAAGGUGCUACAGUAACAAUAGACUAUUGUCUUGAACAUCAACAACAUGGCUAUGACCUCGAACCACGACAUUUUGGCCCACGUAGCGCCACUAAUUCUCGAGGACUCCCCGUCGCAAAAGAUUACGUUGAUUAUUAUACACCUGAGCAAUAUAUUCGAGAAAUCGAUGAACGACGUCAUCGAACUCAAAAAUUGAAUGAUGAAGUGGCAGCUGAAAGAUUAUCGAUUAAACGACCUGUUGAAGUGAAGAAUUAUGUACCGCCCGGCAGGUUACGAUCACUUUUUGGUACACGGGCUCUGGCUCCGCCACUUGCCGCUCAACUUGCCGCUGGAAAUACUCAUCCUUAUGUUGAUGUUUAUGCCGUAGAUCCACUUCCACGCCAGUCACGUCAAAAGUUCCGUCAACCAAUACGAACAGCGUACCCAAAAGCUCAAGAACAAGCUCCUGCAGCAGCAGCAGCACCAACGUCAAUUGAACAAUCUGAACCUGCUGGAACAUCAAGACAAACUGAGACAGAGACGGAGGAUUUAUCAAUUCCACCGCCACGUAUCUAUAUUACACAAAAACCAUUCACACGAUUAACCGAACGACAGAAUUUUAAGGAUAUAUACACAUUCAACGCAGUCUGUAAAGUUGAAGAUAUGUGUAUGUCACUUUUGAAUCGCCUCCAAGAUUGUCAAAAUCCACGUGUCGCCCUCGGAUAUCGAGAGAAAAUUGCGGCGAUCGUUCGUAAAUCGACAACGGAUCCGGGAUUGUGUGACGAGAAAAGUGUAGAGGAAAUUGAAAAGUCAUGGGUACUUCAGAAACCGAUUAGAGGACGUCCCAGGAAGAGGGUGAAGCUGGAAAAUGGACAAGAAGACGGUGGAGGAGAUUUGGAUGAAGAUGAUGAUGUUGUAAUGGAUGAUUAUGAAGAUGGAGAGGAGAAUGGGGAUAAGAAGAUAACCGCUUCCCGCAGAUCCGAAUCUCCAAAACCAGCAUCAUCAUCAUCAGAGCCACCACCCCCAUCAACAACAGAAGAAGCAUCCACGUCAUUGGCUGACGAGUUGCCACGUGUCACUCGUGAAGAAUCCACGUCAUCAAAUACUUCUGGCCACGUGGCAGGUGACGUCACAACGAGAAGCGGAAGAGCACGAAAACCACCGGCACGACUACUUGAUGAUUGAGCCAGAAAGCAGAUGUGCUCUAUUGAUAAAUUUCUGAAUUUUUAUUAUUUUCGCCUUCUCUCUCUCUCUGUUAAUGAUAAUUAUUAAUUUUUUUGAAGAUAAAACGUUUU